AUGAAACCGUCCUUCCCCAAUCACUUGCUCCGAAGAAGGAUAAAGAGAAGAAAAGAAAAGGGGCACCGAGUUCCUCGAACUCGUAGAAGCAGAAACCGAAAAGGAGGCAGGGAUGAGUCCGAAGAAGAAGAAGAAAAUUCCGAGUUGGUGGCUCGGGUGCGAGUCUACAACGCAUUGCCUCAAGCCAAGGAGGCUGUUGAGAGGGCAGUGACCGAGGUCUCUGAACCGGAGAGGGGUGAGGCCGCUUUGCCCCAAGCUAGGGAGGUUGAGAAGGAGACCGGGGCCGAUAUUCCUCGAGCAGAGGAAAGUGCUCCGAAAUAUGUGCUUGGGAUGAUUGAUCUCUCUAGGUCUCCUUUAUUCUCCGAUUCUAUGAUCAACGAGGAUGUUAUUGGGUUUGGUGACAUACCGGUUCCAACGAAGGCACCAUCUUUGGGAGAUAGUGGGUCUUCUUCGAGUUCGAGGUUAGUGGAUCAGUUCCCGACUUCGAGUGUUGAUCCUGACCGAAAGCGGUCAAUAAUUAUCUCUAUCCCAGAGGAUGCCCCGGUUCUCUCCGCCCCCGUGAGGGUUGCUAGCUAUCUCUGGUGCUUGGUGAUCGAAGAGGACCAGGCCAAGAUGGAUGAGGUAGAAGCGCCCUACCUGUUCAAUGAAUCUCAACAGGCGUUGAAUUGGGCUUCGGCCGAGCUAGAAGCGACUCGGAAGGAGCAUGCCGAAUGGGUCGAGCAGGUAAAUCGAGUACUUGAAGAUAGUGAGGAAGAUUUGGACACAGUGGCUAACGAUCCGAUCCUGCUGGUCCAAAAAAGACUUGAUCGGAUCAGGCAACUCCAGGCAAAGGUGGACACAAAGAAAGCUGAGGCCGAAGAAUGGAAGAGAAACAUGGACCUCCUAGCCUCGGAAAAAGAGGCCGUCCAAGCUCAACUGGCAUUGACUGAGGCCCAGCUCCAGGCUACAGAGGAAAAGGCCUUGACCCGGGCCAAAACAAUCGAGGAGAUCUGGUCUCAGCUGAGCUCGCAAACCCGAAAGGAGGCCCUCAAAGGAGUUCAUGCUCAGGGCUUCGACCUGCUAGAUGAGAUCGAGAAUGCCAAGAUAUCUGAGACCAAGGCCAGGAAGCCGGCUUAUCCCGAGGAGGAGGAUUUCGAGGGGUCUGAAGACUCGGAUGAGCCCGAAGGUGGUGAAGACCCCGAAGGCGACGAUGCGGCCCCCGGUGAAGAUUAA